AUGGCAUCCGCGUCUGCUCCUAGUUGUACUGCCACAAAAGCAGAAGAUGUUCCUUGGCAUGCAAACCUGCCAGCGCCGAAAAGCACGGCUGCUUCCAUCUCCCGCCAAGACCUUUUGACCUGGUUCUCGGAAAAGACAGUCGGGAAGGAUUUCGUGCUGGUUGAUCUGCGAAGGACUGACUAUGAAGGGGGGACCAUUCAUGGUUCAAUCAACCUCCCCGCGCAGUCUCUCUACCACACCAUUCCAAGUCUCUAUGCGAUUUUUUCUGCUGCCAAUAUACGCCAUGUGAUCUGGUAUUGCGGUUCUUCGCGCGGCCGAGGAACCCGUGCGUCGGGUUGGUUUGAGGAUUAUAUCAAAGAAAGGGGAGAUUCACAAAUGAAGAGUCUCACACUUGAAGGGGGUAUUAAGGGCUGGGCAACCGCUGGCAAAGAAUACGUCGAGCUUAUGGACGACUACCAUGAGGAGGUAUGGAAAUAGGAUGUUAACAUAUUACCAUCAUAAUCUCUUCUGCUUUGCAGCUUCUACUCUAGUCCCAGCAAAUCAUCUAAUUGAUGCAGCACAC